UCACGCGAUGUGAUCCAAAAUCCACAAUGUUGCAAGCACCACAAUGGACAGAGUUCCUGCUGUGCCCAAUCUGCACACAGACAUUUGAAGAGACUGUUCGCCGGCCCAUCAGCUUGGGCUGUGGACAUACUGUCUGCAAGAUGUGCCUGAACAAGUUACACCGUAAGGCCUGUCCCUUUGACCAGACAGCCAUCAGCACAGACAUCGAGCAGCUGCCUGUCAACACAGCCCUGUUGCAGCUGGUGGGAGGCCAGGUUCCCAAGGCUCAACCAGUUGCCUUGAUUACCAGUCCAGAGGACUCUCAGCAUUAUGAGGAAGCCAGGCAGUGUGUGGAGGAGCUGGCUCUCUACCUCAAACCCCUUAGCAACACCCGAGGUGUGGGUCUGAGCAGCACAGCCCAGAGCAUGCUGAGUCGACCUAUGCAGAGGAAACUGGUAACACUGGUCCACUGCCAGCUUGUGGAGGAGGAGGGCCGCGUUAGAGCCAUGAGAGCUGCCCGCUCUCUGGGUGAGCGAACGGUCACUGAGCUCAUUUUGCAGCACCAGAAUCCACAGCAGCUCUCCUCCAAUCUGUGGGCUGCUGUCCGUGCACGAGGAUGUCAGUUUCUCGGUCCAGCAAUGCAGGAGGAAGCUCUAAAGUUGGUGCUUCUUGCUCUAGAGGAUGGAUCAGCUUUGUCCAGGAAGGUUUUGGUUCUCUUUGUUGUCCAGAGACUGGAGCCACGCUUUCCACAGGCCUCUAAAACUAGCAUAGGCCAUGUGGUGCAGCUCCUUUACAGGGCCUCCUGCUUCAAGGUGACCAAACGUGAUGAAGAUUCAUCUCUGAUGCAGCUGAAAGAGGAGUUUCGAACUUAUGAAGCUCUGCGGCGAGAGCAUGACUCUCAGAUUGUUCAGAUUGCCAUGGAGGGUGGGCUACGGAUUGCACCUGACCAGUGGUCUUCUCUGUUGUAUGGGGAUCAGUCUCACAAGUCACACAUGCAGUCUAUUAUAGAUAAGCUGCAGACGCCAGCAUCUUUUGCUCAGAGUGUCCAGGAGCUGACUAUUGCGUUGCAGAGGACCGGCGAUCCAGCCAACCUCAACAGGUUGCGGCCCCACCUGGAGCUGCUGGCCAACAUUGAUCCCAGCCCUGAUGCUCCUCCUCCUACAUGGGAGCAGCUUGAAAAGGGGUUGGUAGCAGUGAAGACAGUGGUGCAUGGCCUGGUGGACUUUAUCCAGAACCACAGCAAGAAAGGAGCUGAUCCUCAACAGCCUUCUCAGCACAGCAAGUACAAGACAUACAUGUGCCGUGACAUGAAGCAGAAAGGAGGCUGUCCUCGUGGGGCCAGCUGCACCUUUGCUCACUCUCAGGAAGAACUGGAGAAGUAUCGUAAGAUGAAUAAGCGUCUGGCAGCUCGCCUCCCUGGCCCUGGUGGGCUCAUGCCAGAAGAGGGCCUUCCUCUUGAUGUAGCAGUGACCCGGAAACAUUCACCCCUUACCAAUGGCACUGUUGCGCCCCAGCUCAUUGCUCGUGGCACGGACACAGUUCCCUAUGAACUGUUGCGUAAAACCGUCAAGAUGGAUGGAGGGAGUCCCAGUGCCCCAGGAUCCCCACCUGAUGUUCUGGAUGCUGUGCCCAAACCUGGGAUGCCUCUGCCACCUCAUGCCAUUGCUCAUCCAAGGAUGCCAGCAGACCACCUUUCUGGGGUGAAGCACAUGCCUGUGGUACCCAGAGGUUCACCAGUGUACCCCCCUCCGCAGCUCUCUGAGAUGUGCUAUGACACUCGCCCACCACCUUCUGCUUCGCAGUAUGAGCCCCCACAAUAUCCCACAGGGUACCCAUACCAACAGCAGGGACAGUAUGUUCAUAGGGAUUACAUCCGUAACCCUCCAGCCCCUAGUGAGUCUGGACCCACUUACCAGGAUCCCUAUUCUGGCUACGGCCCUCCAGAGCGCACCUACCAGACCCCUCACUCUGGUCCAGCCUUCUCCUACCCUCACCCUCCACACUAUGACCGAGGUCGCCAUGGAACAUAUGCUGGCCCACCACCUCCCCCACAGCCUUACCCAUCCCAGAGAGAUGGCCUGAUUAGAAUGAGUCCCGCGCCUAUGGAUGUUGCCCCGCCGUCAGCAGGGCAGGCUAACUCGCUCUACCACCAGGAGCCCAGUGCCCGGGAUAGAUACCCACCAGAUGGCUAUUAUCAACCAGGUGCCCAGGCACCAACCAUGAGAGCUUAUGUCAGGGGGCCAUCAUAUGGUGGUUCACAGCCCAGCCUGGACUAUCUGCACCGACGUCGGCAGGAGCUGUUAUCCCAGCUGGAGGAAAGGAAGGUUAUCUCCCCUCCACCAUUUGCUGCCUCUCCAACUCUUCCUCAUCCUUUCCCUCGUGACUACCCUCCUGAGUAUGGUGAGGAGAGCUCAAAAACCAUGGUGAAAUGCAGAGAGCCUGACUACGCCGGGCAAUACUCACCCUGGUCUUGUGAAACUAUUGGCUCCUACAUUGGCACAAAAGAUGCCAAACCUAAAGAAGUCAUGAUUCCUGGUGCCAUGGAUAUGAUGAAUGUGGAGGCUAAGGGUCUGAGGGAGCCAUCGUUGGAGGCUCCUCGGAGAAGUGCAGAAGUCAAGGACGAUGACCCCAUUAUUCCUUUUGGCCCCCAGCCCACUGUAUCACGAUUCGGUGCCAUCUCUCGCACCUCAAAGACAGGCUACCAGACCACUGGCCCCAUACAGGCUAUGGCCUCCACUCCCCAAAACCCAAACUCUAAACAUAUGGCCAUUCAAGCAGAAUACACAUAUGGAAGCCAUGUAGGGUGGGGUGGAGCUUCAUACCCCUCCCACCAGCCUGCCUCCUCAUCUCAGGGACACUUUAGUGAGCGCUUACCUUUGGCAGCCCCAGACAGAGAACAGUUAAAGAUUGAGCUGCAGCAGGUCAAUCAACAGAUCACCCAACAGACUCAAAUGCACAGCAUGGAGGUUGCCAGUAACUCCUUACUGCUGCAGAGGGAGGCCAGUGCACUGGCUGGUCAGUCUGUGCAACCCAGCCAGGCCCAGGUGGCAGCAGCCCAGCAGCAGCAGCCCAAGUGGCCAGCAGGUGGAGCAAGUGCAACAGCAGUCUCCAGUGAACAGCUGAGCCUGGAGCUCCACCAGGUGGAGAGAGAGAUUGGCAAGAGGACCCGCGAGAUGGCUAUGGAAAACCAAGUAGCGCAUGAUGUUCAGCAGUACAAAAUGAAGCCUGCAGAGAAUGGCCAACUAGAGCACAAGACUCAGCUGGAAGAAAUCUCCCUGGCUCUUGGGGAGGUGUCAAACGGCGCCAGCAGCCUGCAGGAAAGUGCAGUAGGCGGGUCUAUGCUGUCACUGACUAGUAAGACAUCUUCAUUGAGCCUGUGUUCUGAUCCAGGUGGUUGCAUUCAGACCUAG